AUGAGCGAAACUGCAGCAACAGUGCCUUCAAAUGCAGCCGCCGACCCGACCAUUGACGAUGGAGAGGAAGACGACACCAAGGAAAUCCUGGCCAUGAAACAGCGCGUGGAAGAGAUGGAGAAGGAAGCGAACAAGCUGCGAGAGAUGCAGGCCGAGGCAGAAAAAGCCGAAAAUGGAUCCGCUACAGAUGGUGACACCAGCGUGCCAAUGGAAACGGAGGACGACAAGGCUGCGGCAGACAGUAGGAGUAUAUUUGUGGGCAACGUUGAUUAUGCUGCUACACCGGAGGAGAUUCAGAUGCACUUCCAAGCUUGCGGUGUAAUCAAUCGAGUAACUAUUCUUUGUGACAAAUUUACAGGUCAUCCAAAAGGUUUUGCGUACGUUGAAUUCGGAGAAGCUGAACACGUUGAUGCCGCGUUGGCAAUGGACAACUCCCUUUUCCGUGGACGGCUGAUCAAAGUUACCGCCAAACGUACUAAUAUACCGGGGUUCAACCGGGGCCGGGGUCGGGGUGGCUAUCGUGGGGGCUAUCGUGGGGGGUACAGAGGAGGGGGAUCGUACGGCUAUAGCCCAUAUCGGGCGCGGGGCAGGUCUGCAGCCGAACAGAGAAGGCCGGUCGAUGCGUCUGUUGCAAAUUUCCGUUCACCGGUCGCCGUUGCUCUCGGUGAUCGUCCGGGGUUCGAGGAUGGCGCAUUGAACGUUUGUACGUUGGAGCGUGCUCAGUACUCAGUGCUUGGUAACGGACAAUCUGUCCAACAUUGGCAAUAG